CGGUCGGUUAGGGAGCAUGAUGGAAGGUCGUGGCGUAUUUCAGCUCGCAGCUUCGUCGUCUCCUGCAAGUUUUUUACGCGAGCGAGUGUUUCGAGAGUCCCGAAAUUGAAUGGGAGUAUCGGGCUUUUGUCAACACCCGUCUGACCCGUCGCCGCGUCGUGUCGUGUCGGAUACGAGCCAUGGACGUGGAAAUUAAAUAAUCGGGUGUUUGUCUAUUUCGAUGUAAAUUGCAAAUCCAUUCCUGUGUCCAUGUUUGGCAGCAUGCUAUUGACAAAUGGAAUUUGCUAUGACAACAGUAACAGAAACAAGACUUAAUAAGUAAAGAAGGAAUAACAUUUGACUGCAUUUCCCAUGGUAACACAAAUUAUUCUGAAUUUUAUUGGGAAUUUCCACAUUUUGAUGACCAAGGCUAUACAUUACUUAUCUAUAUGAUAUAUGUAUAUAACUAUUCUAAUAAUUUAUUCAAAUGCUUUAUACUCUUUCCAUAUCAAAGCAUAUACGUUUAUAAAUAUUUGAAUACAAACCCACUAAUAAAUUAUUGGAAGUAUUUUCUACUAAAUUAAAAAAAAAUUAACAAAAUAAAAUAAAAAUGGCAAGUGGGUGGAAAAUUUUUGGUUUGUUGAUGUACAAGAAUUUGAUAGUGCGCAAAAGACACUGGCGCAUGACGAUAUUCUUACAAGCUUUAAUACCUAUUGGAUUAUUUGCGUUAUUGCAAGCUGUGAGAGAUUUUACUGCUCAGCCACCAGUUGUGGUAAAUCAGAGCACUUACUAUCCUGUGUAUACACAAGACGAAUUAAUGCAGAAAAUUAAUAAUGAUUUAAACAAAGUGUAUUAUACACCAAAUAAUAUACGUACACAUCAAAUCAUGGAAUCUGUUAGAUAUUGUCUUAGACUUCUACCGGACAACAUGAUGGGUUUUGCUAAUGAGACUGGAAUGGUAGAGGAUUAUAUAUUUUCUCAAGCAAAAAAUCCUAUAGUUUCUGUAGUGGCAGUUGUUUUUGAGCAGUAUGACAAACCUGCUAUAAAAUAUAAACUAAGACAUUCAUGGAAAAUUCCAAAUAAUUUGUACCAAACUGUGGCAGAUGGUGAACGUAUGAGUUCGUCACCUACAAUAUAUUUUGAAUUAAUGCCAUUUACUCAAGUUCAAAUAUGUUUGGAUGAAACACUCAUAAAACAAGCAGCACCAGAGUCUAAUAUAAAGUUAUCAAUACAAAGAAUGCCAUAUCCACCAUAUAUCAGAAUAGAUGAUGCUGAUGUAAUAGUACGAGAACUAAUUUGUGGGAUCGCCGUUACAAUUUUUGUGAUUCCACUUUGCAUAGAAGCUAACUAUGCAACGAAGGAGAAAUUUAUUGGUGUAACUGUUUUAAUGGCAAUGAAUGGAGUCAAAUUGGCCUACAAUUUAUUUAGUUGGUUAAUUACAGGGCUAUUAGUUAGCAUUAUUUAUACAAUACCAACUAUAAUUUUAUUUAAAAAUACUUUUUCGAAUAAUGUUGAGGCUUUUUUGGAAUAUAGCAACGGGUUUAUAUUUUGGCUCUUAUUCACUAUGCAUAUUGCUCAUCUUAUAACAUUUGGCAUGCAUAUUGCAGCAUAUUUCUCAAAACCGCGAUUUGUGAUAACUGUCUUAGCUAUAAUUUAUACGGCAGCGCUUUCACUUCAAGAAAAUAUGAUGAGGCAAGAAGUUUUUGGAAUUAUGUCAUAUGUUGGUAUAAUAUUUCCAAAUAUCAUGUUUUAUAGACUUUUUCAAGAAACAAAUGCAUACGAAAGUAAAUUGAUUGGUAUUCAAUGGAGUACUUUGUUUGUUCCUGGGAAAACGGAAUUUGGUAUUGUAGGAAGUCCAGGUUUUAUAUUUCUCUUUUCAUUCUUGGGUGCUGUGAUACAUUUUACAUUUGCGGUAUAUAUAAAUGCUGUACUUCCCGGUAAAUAUGGAGUCCGAAAGGAUCCAUUAUAUUUUUUGAAGUGUUUCAAGAACAAUAAAAUAAUUUUUGAUGAAAAAGCUGGUGAAUUUGAUUAUGAUAAGGCUAAUGAAGAUUUUGAACCAGUAAUGAGUGGGACACUUACACCUGGAAUACAAAUACGUGAUCUUAAGAAAUCUUAUACAACAUGUUGGUUACGAAAAUCUAAAGUUCAUGCUUUAAAAGGAGUAUCCGUGGACUUUUAUAAAGGACAAAUUACUGCUCUGCUUGGACACAAUGGGGCAGGCAAAACUACGCUUAUGUCUAUAUUAACAGGUGUGAUAAGCGAAACAGAAGGAAACGUUUUUAUAAAUGAUAAAAAUAUAAGGAUUCACUUGGACAGUAUUAGAAAUAAUUUAGGACUAUGCCCUCAGGAAAAUAUGGUUUUUCCAGAUUUGAAUGUAUUUGAACAAAUAGAAUUCUUUGGCUUGUUGAAAGCUAAAAAUAAAACCAGAAACGAAAUCAAGGAAAAUGUUAAUUCCUUGCUUUCUAAAUUAAAACUUUCCGAAAAGAAAGAUUUUCUACCUAGCAAACUUUCCGGUGGACAACAAAGGAGACUCUGUCUCGGGAUGGCACUUAUUGGCGAUGCUAAUAUUAUAAUUUUGGAUGAACCAACAUCAGGAAUGGAUCCUGAAACCAGAAGAGAUACAUGGGAUAUUAUAUUAAAACUUAGAGGAGAGAAAACAAUACUAAUUAGUACACAUAAUAUGGAAGAGGCUGAUAUACUUGGUGAUAGAAUUGCGAUAAUGCAUACAGGUCAUCUUAGAAGUUAUGGCACUGCAAUGUUUUUAAAAAAACAGUAUGGUCACGGCCAUAUCGAAGUUACGUUAUCAACAAAAUCUUGGUGUAGUCCUGAAAAAGUCAUAAGUAAAUUUGAUGAUAGAACACAACAGCUUAGCGUUGACAGUGAAAAGAUUGUAUUGAAUGUACCAUAUACUGACUCUUUAUCACAAUCACUAGACAAAGUAGAAAGCGAAAAGAAAGAAUUAGGAGUUACUGGAAUAAGCGUAUCAUUGAUUACUUUGGAACAAGUAUUUUUGCAGAUCGUGAAGAAGGAAGACAGUGGGACACACCUUAAUGAAUUAUUUACUGCACCACUACAGAAAAUUACAGGCAGUGAACUAUGCAUGCAAUCAAUAUUUGCAUUAUUUUGCAAGAAAUUUGCAUAUACGAGAAAGAAUCUAGUUGACUUACUGUUGAUUCUACUUCUUCCUAUCUUGUCGGUGCUUAUAAUGGCCAUAAGUUACAAUGUACCAAGCGAUAAUACAAAUAUUGUUCCUUUAAAGCUUGAUAUGUAUAGAUAUCCUAAAACUUUAUAUUCGUCGAGCAACGAACUGAUUGGUAAGAAAUACAGAGAUUUUGUUCAGAAUUUUGGUGAAGUUAAACGUGUAGCUUCGGAUACAAGUGUUACAAAUGCUCUUUUGAAUUCUUCUAUGGAGAACAUUGUGGAAUAUCGAAAUAAUCUUAUCGUAUCUGCCGAAUUUAAUGGCACUGAAGGCAACACGACAUGGGCUAACGGUUUUUAUUCUGGCUUAGCAAUUCACAGUGUGCCCUUAACAGUGAAUCUCUUAAGUAAUGCGUUCAUGAAGGAUCUCGCUGGCGAUCAAUAUUCUAUUGCUGUGUCUAGGCAGCAAUUACCAAAUACGUUAUCUUCGACCAUGAUAGUACCGGAAGCAGAAUCGAUUUCGCGCGUUUUGAUAUUCUGUUCGUUCUUCUUUCCCACUGUGGCACUUUUUGUAGCGCAUCCCUUGCAAGAAACAGCGACAAAAGUGAAGCAACUCCAACGUAUGACCGGUAUCACGUCGAUAUCAUACUGGAGUACAAUGCUCACUUUUGAUUUUCUGAUAUUUACGUUGUCUGUAUUAAUAAUUACUUCAGCGUUGUAUAUUAUGGAUAUUAUACUCGAUGUUCGCCUAUAUUAUGGAACAGAGAUAUUGUGCACAAUAUUGAUUCUGGAAUUGUUCGGUAUUAAUGUUUUACUUUUUGUGUAUCUAUUCAGCUUUAUGAACAAAUCAAGGAAUACUGUAACAACUAUUGUGGGUAUUGCACCUUUUGGCUUUGUUGUAAUACAAUAUCUUCUACAUGAAGUAAUACACAGUUUUGAUUACCUUAAUCCACUACAUAUUCUACAAAAGAGAAUCUUCCGUCUAAUUCCAUAUGUAAGCUUGUUCCACGGUCAAAUAUCUUUCUUAAACAUAGCAGUGCAAAAUGCAAGGUGUCGUCGUCUACCAAAUACACUUCAUGCUGUAGUUUGUUUUGCAGCUAAUGAUCCUUGUUGUGGCUUGGAUUGCAAGGACGGAUCGUGCAAAAAUCAACUUUCUUACUUUCGAGACUUUACAGAGGAUAUGAAUUUCGAAGAAAGUAUAGUAUAUCUGGCUUUAACACCAAUUCUAUAUUUUAUUCUAUUAAUUGUAUUGGAAGAAAAGCUGUUUUCGAAAUUAUUUAUGAAGAUAGUUGGAACGAAACUAAGAAAGGAACAAGACAUAAUGGAUGAUCAAGUGAAGAAGGAGAAACUUACAGUAGCGAUGGAAAUUAAUAAAAUUAACAACCAAAGUGCAGGUGGAAAAUUUACGAAAGAAGAACCAAAAACAAAUUCCCCGGAGACUACUAAUAUCGAAUUGUUACAUAGUCCAAUAAGUGACAGCAACAGUCUUUUCUUAGUAUAUGAAUUAAGUAAAUAUUAUGGGAAGUUAAUGGCCGUAAAAGAAAUCAGUUUUCAAGUAAAACCACGCGAAUGUUUCGGUUUACUUGGUGUAAAUGGCGCCGGAAAGAGUACAACUUUCAGGAUACUGACUGGUGAAGAAAUGUCUAAUAGUGGCCUAAUGUACUUAAGACAAGCGGAAAUCCAUUCAGACAAGACAAAGUAUCUUUCUGAAAUGGGAUAUUGUCCACAAACUGAUGCUUUAAUACCCUCCUUAAACACUUUUGAUCAUUUACGACUGUUUGCUCGUCUUCGCGGUAUACCAAAAUCCAACGUAGAGUUGGAAGUUAAUAAAUGGAUUAAUAGACUGAAUUUAACUGCCUGCAUGAAGCAACCAAGCGGUACUUAUAGCGGUGGCAAUAAAAGACGCUUAAACAUCGCGAUGGCUCUCAUCGGUAAUCCUACUCUCGUUCUUUUGGAUGAGCCCACAACCGGUGUCGAUCCCGCAGCUAGAAGAUCGCUUUGGAAUACUUUGCAAUUAUGUCAAGCAGCAGGGCAAGCUAUUAUACUCACAUCUCACAGCAUGGAAGAGUGUGAAGCACUUUGCAAUAGAUUAGUUAUUAUGGUGAAGGGUGAAUUAGUCUGCAUUGGUGCGAGUCAAGAGUUGAAACAGCGAUUUGGCGCGGGUUACGAUAUUCACGUAAAAUUAAAUACAGGCCGAAUGGACGAGGAUGUUAACGAUAUUAAGCAAAUUAUUGAAUCUAGUCUAACAUGUGAUAUUAGAGAUGAAAACCUGGGUCUUCUUGCUUAUCAUGUAACAGAUUGUAAUACAACAUGGGAAAAAAUGUAUGAUAUAAUGAAAAGUUUGAAGCAAAGAUAUAACUGCAUUGAAGAUUACGCUGUUUUAUCUGCAACUUUGGAACAACUUUUUAUUCAAUUUGCAAGAGGAACUGAAAAGGUUGAAUCUAACGAGUCUGAACUUCAUAUCACUAGUCCUCAAGAAACCGUAUAAAUUGAAUAUCUUAUUGGAUACAAAAAUAUACUUAAUGCAUAGAAUAGAUUUUGAAUAGAUAGAAUUCGAUUUAACAUUAAAUUGUAUUAUAAACCAUUUAAAAAAAAUUGUAAAAUUUAAUUGGCACUAUUAUAAUAUUAAUUAAAUAUACUAAGUAGCACACCUUUUA